UUUUAAAAAUGCCUUCGAUAUUAUUUCAUCUGUAAUAUCAUAUUUAUUUAGUAUUUAAGUGCGGCAGUAUAGUCACCCACUUAGUAUUUUCCCACACUCUGGUCACUCAACUGAUUGACUUUGUUUUUGUGGAACAAACAACAUGGCAAAGUUUUUCGGCAUCAACCGGGUGAGCAAGCUUUUUCAAAUCAUCAGAGAGGCCGGUGGACUUAAGCAGACGUAUCUAAAGCUAUAUAGGAACGAUGAUCUAAAGAUUGGAACGCUGGUGGGCAUCGACAAGUACGGCAACAAGUACUUUGAGAACCCGUACUACUUCUAUGGACGGAAUCGUUGGAUCGAGUUUGCACCUCAUGUAAAUAUGGACUAUGACGGUUCCCAAAUCCCCGCCGAAUGGUACGGCUGGAUGCAUUACAAAACCGAUCUUCCGCCUAUCCGGGAUGGUUGCCGUCCCACGUACAAGUGGAUUGCGGACCACAGUGAGAAUCUUUCCGGCACCAAGGAUGCAUACUAUCCAUACUCCACCACGCCCAACAAAAUUGAAGCUUGGGAUCCCAAAGCGAAGAAGGAGUAAUGUGUAUAGCUUCAUAAUUUUAAAUUUACAAUGGAUUCGAUUGGAGAAUGCACGUAAUUGUGUUAAUAAAUUCAACUUCGUUUACAUGCAAAUGUACCUCCUUUAAGGGCAAUAAACUUCUGUUCGUUCAAAACAAUUCCUUCAUUAAAAUGGAAUGUUAUAUAAUGAUUAAAUAAAUAUACUCUAAUUUUUCUGCCCUGA